AUGUGCUCUUGGCAGAUCACUUCCAUUCUGGCAGCGUCAGGCCCUGUGAACAUCUUCCGUUUCAUAAUCAACCCAGCCCACUUUGGCCAGUCAGUAGAAAACAUGUACUACUUGUCAUUCAUGUUUCACAACGGUAUCUGUGCAUUAGAGGUAAUGGAAAACGGUGAACCCAUGAUAUACUUGUGUGAACGACCAACAAGCCAAGAUUGUGCGGCUGGUGUCUCAAGACGAGAGAUGAUAAUGGAGUUCGAUAUGGCAACCUGGAGGAGGGCCAUCACAGUUUUUGACAUUCAGACCCCCAUGAUCCCUCACAGGGCACCAGUGAUGAUAUGA